CUUUGUAUACCUAAGGUAAGGUAGCCACAACAUAUGACUCCCAUAGGUGUCUUUCCUCGUGCACAGGUGUCUCGCGAGCUGGUGUCUGGCCUCAACCGUGAAGAAAAUCAUGUCCGCAGCUCAAGAUGGCGCGUCGAGCUCCGCCGGUCCCUCUGCUGCUGGCUCAGGUAUGCCCAAGGCGAGCUCCAGGCGGCGACCUGCUGGACGUUCCGCAAAGGACUUGGCUCAGGACGACAUUGUGAUGGCUACGAACAGCAGCAGCAUCGUCUCAAAACGCAGCGUGGAAAAGAUUUAUUAUCCCGGCGAACCCCAUUUCUUUCGCUACUUUGUCAAAAAGUUCCAGAGGCGGUCGCCUUUGAUAAACCGUGGUUAUCACCUGCGUCUGCACGUCAUCGACGUCGCGGUUCGCAGCUUCCUGCGAAGGCCUACGAGCAAGACAAAAGUUGUUGUCAACCUCGGCUGUGGCAGCGAUGUUUUGCCCUGGCAAUGCUUCACGAGGUACCCGGAGAAUUGCCGUGGUGCCAAGUUUGUCGAUAUCGAUUUCCCAGAUCUGUUGAGGAGAAAGUGUAACGUUGUGCAGGACACUCCUGAGCUCUUGGGACCCCUGGACAACGUCACUAUACCAACAAGCGGCCAAGUGUUCCUCACCAGCGAUCAGUAUGUCCAAAUCGGCUGUGAUUUGCGCGAGCUUGGCAAGGUCGAAGAGUCGCUGGCCUCGGUUCUUGAUAUCCCGAACUGUGAAUUUCUGUUUGUUGCGGAAGUAUCCAUCACCUACAUGGAGACAGAGGGUGCCGAUGGUGUCAUCAAGUGGGCUAGUUCUCUCGGGGAUGUCGAGUUCUGCCUGCUGGAACAAAUUCUUCCCGAUGGACCAGAGCAUCCGUUCGCGAAGACUAUGCUCCAACACUUCAACAAGCUCAAGGCACCACCAAAAUCUGUUUUUGUGUAUCCGACACUUCAGGCUCAGAGAGACAGAUUUGGACGACUCGGGUGGUCUCACGCGGAUGUAAAGAGCCUCUGGCAAAUAUGGACUGGCAACGACUAUCUUUCUGUAGAGGACCGCAAGGAGCUCAAUGACAUUGAGCCGUUUGAUGAGUGGGAGGAGUUUGCUCUAUUUGCUGGCCAUUACUGCGUGGUAUCCGCAAGGACAUCGCCUGGUGCGGCUACACUUUCGAAGACUGAGGCUGAAGCUGAGGCAACGAACAGUUCUGCCCAAGUCUGUCCCGAAGUUUCAACCAUUUUCUACCCUUAUCAAGGCACUCGUGGCCAGCGGCGCUUUGGCGCGUCCCUGAAAAUCAACAAUACGCUUGGCGAGUCCUUUCUCUCGAAUAUUUUCGGGCUCGGCACAAACACUCGAUUGAGGUCACAAGAUAUAUACGGCAGCCAAUUCAACCUCGAAGAUGUUGACGUUUCUAGUGAGAGUCCAAGCAGUCGAAUGUGCCACGCAACCACAGAGCUCCGUGGCCUGGGCAAUAUUCUUUGUGGUGGGCGGACUUCUCCCUCGUCUGCUCUCAAAGACGCCUGGCUCCUCAGACGCCACGAAAACUCGUGGUCUCGGAUCAAGGACCUUCCCACAGCCUUGUAUCGGCAUGGGCUAACAAGGCUGGGCAGCAGUCACAACAUGGCCCUGGUGCUGGGCGGAAAGACCAGCGCAUCCGCAAUCUUCCAGGGAUGUCUCAUCUAUCAGCCUGGCUCAGAGUGGCGGGCGUGUCAGAUUCAAGGCACAGAGUACGUUCCCGUUUUUGGGGCAGUGCUGUUGAGCUUUCCAGACUCAGAGAGUGGAGCAGACGGGCUUAUAUUCACUGGAGUUUUAUUGGGCGGUAUGUUGGAAGACGGAACAAUAGCCAAACAGGCCCUACACUGGACUCUCAAGGUGCCCAAAGGAAAUGAAGCACCCACCAUCAUCUUCGAGCCGCUGGCUAUAUCAGAUAGAGACUCUUCCAAGUCUCUAGUGGCCACUAUCAACAGAUUUGGAGCUACAGGUCUAAAUCUGGGUGGUUCAAGCAUAGCAAUUGUCGGCGGUAUCAUCGAGAACGAACUCCUCCGUCCAGACCAGGAGAUCGUUCAGAUUGACUUCGUAAAGACGGCGAACGCAUCGGUCAGUGAUGGCUUCGUUCUUGAGCCGAUCAGGCUUGCAACGUCCGAGAGGGGACGCCGGAUUCCUCGUCCUUUGCUGGUGGGCAUCUCAGCCGCGACCACUGACGACGGCAAACUUGUCAUCAUGGGUGGUGGUGGCGUUUGUUUCUCCAUGGGCAGCUACUGGAACGAGGGCUGUUAUACCGUUCAGCUGGGCCUCCCUCAGCCUCCUUCGACAGAUGAUGGUAUGAAGCCCCCAGGCUCAUGGGCACUUCUCAGGACACAAGAGAUAACAGACGGACACAGCGCUCUAAACUUGCAGGCACACCCACAACCAAGCCAGAAGACCGUCAAGGUUGACGUCCCGAAAAUUAGGAUAUCUUCCAACGACGACUUUGUCCGCCUUCUGACGGAGGCUAAGCCGGUCAUCAUCGAAGGGCUCGAUCUAGGCUCGUGUGUGCAAGGCUGGGACGUGGAGUCCAUCAUAGGGAAAGUCGGUACUGAUCGUAGUGUUGUCAUUCACGAAGCCGAAUCAUCAAAGAUGGACUUCAACGGCAAGAACUUUUCCUACACCACGAAGUCCUUUGCAGAAUUCAUGCGAGACGCCGAUGCCGGAAAACCAGUCUACCUCCGAGCACUGUCCGGAGAGAAGCCUUCCGACCAACCUGCAGACCUCGAUAAGGACUUCCCUGUUCUUGCAGCCGAUUUCACCAUCCCGGAUGCCCUCCAGUUCGUGCGAGACAACGUCUUCAGCUCCGUGCUAAGGGUCUCUGGCGGUGCAAACAUGUGGCUGCAUUACGAUGUAAUGGCCAAUGUCUACUGCCAAAUCCGUGGCUCGAAGCGCCUCGUCCUCUUUCCGCCCUCAGACGUGAGCCGGCUCUCCUUUGCCCCUGGAGCAUCCAGCUCCAGCCUCAAUGUCUUUGAGCACCUCGACGAAGAAGACUUCUCUUCCCUCUCAUCAUCAUCAGCAGCGGCGGCGGCGGCACUUCUAUCCCAGACGCAUCCGCACGAAGCAAUUCUCAAGCCCGGCGACGUCCUCUUCCUCCCAGCCCUGUGGCCGCACACUGCACAACCAAUCAUGCCUCCUCCCACCAAAGCCACUACAGCCACCACCGGCGGCGCGGCAGGCGUGGCAGUCAACAUAUUCUUCCGCAGCCUUGUGGACAGCACAUCCUACGCCGCGGGCCGCGAUGUGUACGGCAACCGCGACCUGGCCGCGUACGAGAAGGGCAGGCAGGACGUGGCGCGGAUCGCGCGGGCGUUUGACGACAAGGGCGUGCCCGAGGACAUGAAGGAGUUUUAUAUCCUGCGGCUUGCGGACGAGUUGCUGGGCAAGAGGCGGGGUGUCGCUGGCUGAGUCGUGAAGGGAGAAGGCGGGCGAAUCGACGGUUUGCCGGGUGCCGGGAACAGGGAUAGAGUAUUAAAAAAGAGAUGAGGGUGGAGGAGAAGAAGUGACCGGGUGUUGGGAGAUGAGAUGGAAGUCCAUUGGGCUCUUGAUCGUUAGAGGCAAUACCAAUUUCUGCUGCUUGAAGAGUAGUGCUGAGCAUUAUGAAUACCCAGCUUUUGACUCGUCUAAUUGUGAC